UAGCCUCAGGGCAGAGCAUUGUCAUCAGUUUCCGAGCUCAGCUCCCCAAUCCCACUUCGUUAAUCGCUAAGUGCCAGUUCAACCCAAGCGUAGCCGACAACAAAAUGAAGGUUUUCGUCUGCCUGAUUGCCUGUUUCACCCUGGCCCAAGCCGGAUUCAUUGGAGGUGGUGGUAGCAGUGGUUGGUCCUCCGGCGGAGGUGGUGGUGGCUGGUCCUCUGGCGGCGGUGGUGGUGGCUGGUCCUCCGGCGGUGCCCCGCCCACCAUCGUCAAGGUCAUCAGCGAGGAGGCUGGCCACGGCGGUGGCGGAUGGUCCGGCGGAUAUUCGGGCGGUCAUGGCCACGCUGCCGAGGAGCUGAAGAUCAUCAAGGUGAUCAGCGAGGGCGGCCACUCCCAUUCCCAUGGCCAUGAUCAUGGUCAUAGCCACGGCCACGGCUCCGAGGUGAAGAUCAUCAAGGUCAUCCAGGAGGAGGAUCACGGCCAUGGCCAUGGUCACGGAUACGAGUACUCCAGCGGAGGCCAUGGCCACGAUCACCACACCGAGGACGUCAAGAUCAUCAAGCUGAUCAGCUCGGGAAUCGCCGAUGGCGGCAACUCCGGCGGAUGGUCCUCCGGUGGCUGGUCAUCGGGUGCUCCCAGUGGAGGAUGGUCGUCCGGCGGUGGCUGGUCUUCCGGCGGUUCCGGCUGGAACUAAGCCCAUUCCAGUAGAUCCCAGCAGAUCCCCAGGCAAUCCAGUGCGUCGAUGUCAACUCUUUUGUUCCUGUUGUUCGAGUUGUGCGGCGAUAUUGGACUUUUUGAUGUUACGAAGUUAGGUUUAAGAUAGUGCACGCGUUUUGUGUGUGCGCUUAGAAACCCAUUAUUUUUUUUUGUUAAUUGUUUACAAAAUAUAUAGAGAAAAAACUACAAAUA